GCGGGGCCGGCCCGGGGGCACUCCCGGGGCCGCCGCCAUGGAGGAGGCGCAGCGGCUGCUGACGGUGUCGGUGUGGAAGCUCUACCGGUGCCGGGUGCGGCGGGGCGGCCUCCGCCUGCACCGGAGCCUGCAGCUCUCGCUGCUCGUCCGAGCGGCGCGACACCGGUACCUGAGCGCCCGAGCGGCCGCCGGGAGCCCGCCGGCACCGGGGCUGCCCGGGGCUGCGGGAGCGAUCCCGGCACCGGAGCUGCCCGGGGCUGCGGCAGCGAUCCCGGGACCGGCGGUGAACGGGAGCGAUCCCGGUACCGGAGCUGCCCAGGACUGCGGGGAGCGGAGCGAUCCCGGUACCGGAGCUGCCCGGGGCGAUCCCGGUACCGGAGCUGCCCGGGGCUGCGGUCACCGGAGCGACCCCCGGAGCGGGUGGCCGCCCGAGCGCGGACCCCCCGGUGCCCGAACCCACCGAGCGCGGGACCGAGCGACCCCCCGGACCGAGCAGGAAUGGGGGAACCCCCUCCGGGACUGCGCCGGGGACCACCGGAACCCACCGGGCGGAGCCCCCCGCAGUGAAUGGCACCGGGGAUGCCCCCCCGGGCCACCGAGCGAGGACCCCCCCCGAGCCGGAACCGGGACCCCGCACCGACCGCGGACCCGGUGAACCGGGACCCCCCGCCCGCUGCCCCCCGGAGCCCCCCGGGCCGGGCAGAAGCGGCGCAGCAGCGGCUCGGCGGGGGCCGGCCCGGGGCCCGGUACCGAGCAAACGGGCGCGGCUGGAGGCGGAGGCGCCGCCGCUGCCCCCGGGGCCGCCCGGGCGCUGCUCGGGGCCGCCCGCAGCCGCCUUCGGCUUCCUGCUCCGCGCCGUCGGGGCGUGCUGAGCCCUCCGGGGACCCCCCGGGACACCGGGGACAUUAACGGGGGAUCCCCCCCGGGACACACGGAACUUAACGGGGAUUCCCCCCGGGACACACGGAACUUAACGGGGAUCCCCCCGGGACACGCGGACAUUAACGGGGAUCCCCCCGAGACACAGAACUUAACGGGGAUCCCCCCCGGGACAAGCGGAACCGUUUCUGGAAACCCCCCCGGACACACGGAACCGGCUCUGGAUACCCCCGGGACACACGGACAUUAACGGGGAAUCCCCCGGACACACGGAACCGUUUCUGGAAACCCCCCCGGACAUGUGGACAUUAAUCCGGUUCUGGAACCCACCCCGGACACACGGAACCGGUUCUGGAAUCCCCUGGACACACGGACAUUAACGGGGAACCCCCCGGGACAAGCGGAACCGGCUCUGGAAACCCCCCCCGGGACACGCGGACAUGAACGGGGAUCCCCCCCGGGCACGCGGAUCCGGUUCUGGAGCCCCCCCGGACCCGCGGACCUGGAACGGGGAUCCCCGAAACUGGCGCGGGGCCGCCCCGCUGCACCGGAACCGGACACGGGCGGACUCCCGGGGGUCCCGGUGGGGGCCCUCCCCCAUCCCGGGGACCGUCGCGCUUGGGGGGGGUCUCCAGGCUGGCCCUGCCCCCACCCCCCAUUAAUUGCGCUUAAUUAUUAUUUUGUUAAUCAAUUAAAAGUG